AACCUCGUGAGCUCUACACUUACCAAUGUGUCAAGUAAACGUCUCAAAGAUUCUACAGAUUACUCAAGACUAACAGGAAGACACGUAUACUUCGUAAAGACUUUCUUAAUUACAAUUUGCAGUAACAAGCCUUCCCCCUCUUACACAAUGUCGUGUGUUACAACGACUGUUGACACGAGCGGGAUCGCCUAUAGAGGAAACUCCAAGCAGGUGCCCGACUGGGAAAUCGCCGUCAAGGCGUCGAUCGUCGUGGGCGUCGAACUGAUGGCGUGCGUGGGUAACCUGCUCGUCAUGGCCAUCGUCGUGCAGUCGAAGAAGAUGAGGACGACCACCAACUACUACAUCGUCAACCUCGCCACCUCGGACCUGCUCGUCGCCAUCGGCCCCAUGUGGAUCUUCCUCGUCAACGACUUCACUGAUGGGUGGGUGCUCGGCGCUUUCCUCUGCAAGUGUAACGCGUUUGUUCAGAUUGCUGCAAUGUGCGCCAGCGUCUUCACUUUGAUGGCCAUCGCCGGCGACCGCUUCUUCGCCAUCAUCUUCCCGCUCAAGUCGCGCGUCACCCAGCGCAAGGUGAGCGUCGUGAUCGUCAUCAUCUGGAUCUCGGCGUUCUCGAUCGCGAUGCCGCCGCUGUUCGUGUACACGUACCAGGAGCGCCAGUGGCUCGACUACGUGGAGCGCUUCUGCACUGACGUCUGGCCCGUGGUGAACACGUCAGCUAGCUGCGACCACGGCCUCACGUCUAAGCGAGCCUACUGGAGCCUGGUGGUGGUCGUGCUCAACUGGGUGCCGAUGAUCGUGAUGAUCAUCCUGUACACCGUCAUCAUCAUCAAGCUGAGGUUCAACAGAGUCGUGCCCAGCAGCGGCGCGCUGUCCAUGUCCGCCAUUCAGCAGAGGUCAAAGACGAAGGUCGUGAAGAUGUUUUUCUCCGUGCUAAUCGUGUUUAUUAUCUGCACGGUUCCGUUCCAAGUGUCCAAGCUGUUCGAACUCUACAGAGAUGCCCAGCGCGAGAGGCUCCCCACGUGGUACAACCCAGUGUAUUUCUCCGCCAUCAUGCUGAUGUACACAAACAGCGCCAUAAAUCCCAUCAUAUACGGCGGGCUUAACGAAAACUUCCGCAACGGAUUCAAAGACCUCAUCAACAGAAUACUGAACCGGAGAUCGGCUAGGGAACUGGCCUUCUUGAACGCCAUUUCGACGAGGACGAGGCCAAGCAUUGUGGACGACCUUGGAACGAAGCCGAGUUACGAUCAUGUGAAUCGUCCGCAAGACUCAGAUCUGGAACAGAAGUACACCAGUCAUCCGAGUGACAUCGAUGCCGUGCUGGACUGA